GCUUCAGAACGUGUAGUCAGCGACCCUCAGAGGCGCGCUCCCGUCCGGCUCUUUCCAGUGCGCUCGCUCGGGGGCGCGCCGCUGCUCGUUCACGGGAGCGCUGACGGCGGCGGUGCUCACGGAGAGUUCUUGAGGAAGAGAAGGAUCGCGGGUCACAUGUGAGCGGUUAUUACCUCCUGUCUGCCCGUCAGCCAGUGACAGAACGGCAGAGCGCAGCCGCAGAGGAGCUCCGAGCACGGCUCACCUCGUUAUCCCCCUCUCGUCUGACAGACAGCGCGCCCGGCAGAGCAAUGCAGCAAGUCUUGGAGAAGUUAACAGAUCUCCCCUCGUCAACAGGGGCAGAAGAAAUCGAUAUUAUCUUCUUGAAAGGAAUUAUGGAAAACCCCAUUGUAAGAUCCCUUGCUAAGGCACAUGAACGUCUAGAAGACACAAAGCUAGAAGCAGUUAGUGACAAUAAUCUUGAGCUCUUGCACGAAAUUCUUGAAGACAUUAGUCCAUUAGCACAUCAAGAUAAAAAUGUUGAAGAACUUGUUGGCAUACUUCAAGAACCCCAUUUUCAGAGUCUUUUAGAAGCCCAUGACAUAGUUGCAUCAAAAUGCUAUGACUCUCCCCCUUCAAGUCCUGAAAUCAAUUCUGCAAUGAAUAAUCAAAUGGCGCCAGUCGAUGCCAUCCGCAUGGUUGGCAUUCACAAAAGAGCUGGAGAACCUUUGGGUGUGACAUUUAAAGUAGAAAAUCAUAACUUGGUUAUUGCAAGGAUUCUCCAUGGCGGGAUGAUCGAUCGGCAAGGUCUUCUCCAUGUGGGCGACAUCAUUAAGGAAGUAAAUGGUCAUGAAGUGGGAAACAAUCCGAAGGAACUGCAAGAGUUGCUUAAGAGUAUUAGUGGUAGUGUUACUUUAAAGAUCCUUCCAAGUUAUAAAGAUGCCGUAACUCCCCAACAGGUUUUUGUGAAGUGUCAUUUUGAUUACAACCCAUUUAAUGAUAAUUUGAUUCCCUGCAAAGAAGCCGGAUUAAAAUUUUCCAAAGGAGAAAUUCUGCAUAUUGUUAAUAGGGAGGACCCAAACUGGUGGCAGGCAAGUCAUGUGAAAGAAGGUGGAAGUGCAGGACUUAUUCCCAGUCAGUUUCUGGAGGAAAAGCGGAAAGCCUUUGUGAGGAGAGACUGGGAUGGAACAGGACCAUUCUGUGGUACAAUCACAAGCAAAAAAAAGAAAAAGAUGAUGUACCUGACUACAAAAAAUGCAGAAUUUGACCGGCAUGAGAUUCAGAUAUAUGAAGAGGUAGCGCGUAUGCCCCCAUUCCAAAGGAAGACUCUUGUUUUAAUAGGAGCACAAGGAGUGGGCCGAAGAAGUUUGAAAAACCGAUUAAUUGUGCUAAAUCCCACCCAGUUUGGAACAACCGUUCCCUUCACUUCACGCAAGCCAAGGGAAGAGGAAAAAGAUGGACAUGCAUACAUAUUCGUAUCUAGAUCUGAAAUGGAGGCAGAAGUGAAAGCUGGCAGAUACUUGGAACAUGGAGAAUAUGAAGGCAAUCUGUAUGGCACCAAAAUAGACUCUAUUCAUGAAGUUGUAAUGGCUGGACGAACUUGUAUAUUAGAUGUCAAUCCACAGGCUUUAAAAGUGCUAAGGACGUCUGAGUUCAUGCCAUAUGUAGUGUUCAUUGCUGCUCCAGAGCUAGAUACAUUGCGUGCCAUGCAUAAAGCUGUUGUAGAUGCUGGAAUUACAACAAAGCUUCUCACUGACACAGAUUUGAAGAAGACCGUUGACGAAAGUGCUCGGAUUAUGAGAGCUUACAACCAUUACUUUGACCUAACUAUUGUAAAUGAUAACUUGGACAAAGCCUUCGAAAAGCUACAGGCAGCUGUCGAGAAGUUGAGAAAGGAGCCACAGUGGGUCCCGAUUAGCUGGGUUUAUUGACUUCAUAUUUUAUUAACCUAUAUUAAAGACACUAAACAGAGAGAUCGGAGACGAGACCUCCGACACAGGUGUCGUUUCUUCCCUUGUAAGGGUUUAAAGGAUCGUACACUGUUCUGAAUUUUUUAUAUAACACUUUGAAGGGAAAGUGUACUUAAAUAUGUAAUUUAUUUUAAUUUUUAUAACUUUUUAAAGAUGAUCUUUCUAUUCACAAUACAUGAAGGAAAUGCGUUGAAGCAUUUUGUGUUUUGUUUUUUUCAUGUGGUACAUAUGCCUUUUUCAUCCAAGAAAGUUUGUCAUUAACAUUUGGUCUUACAUUUUCACUGUGAUAUAAAGGAUACUUGAAAUAAUUUUGUAAGUCUAUGUCGUUUGAUACACAAGUGGAUGAAAAUGAAUUUGUUGCCGUUAGGAAUACACUUCUCCGAGAAGCACUGUAACUCAUUGUGAGUCAGAAUGUGUUACUUGUGCAGGUAACAGCUCUUCAGUGUGCUGUGGACAAACUGAUGGCAAUACAUUUUACUCUUUUAUUAAGCAGUAGUUACCAUAUAUUAGUGCAGGUUGGGAAUUUGUAGUAUUUGCAUCUCGCUGCAUACAUGCUUAAUAGACAGGGCAUAGUGUGGAGGCAGCCAUAUUGUCAGCUGAGCAUAUACUACCAUUUUCUCACAAGAUUUUAGAGCUGUUGCUAGUGUCUUGACAAUUGAUGUGCUGCAAUCUCGGGUACAGUGUUCGAGUCUUCAGGAUUCUUGGCCAAGUUCUGUGCAGGUAUAUGUCAAAAUAAACACCUAUUUCUUCACUAGAACUGAGACUUGUCUGCGGUUGAGAUCUGACAUGACUUUUUAGAGAAAAGCUAAACCUUGAAGAUUAUGCAUUAUUAGGGUUUCUGUAUGAGGAUACUUUAUACUGAUUUUUUAGUUAAAACAUGGACGUAGCCGCUUCUACAACAUGGAAAUAUUACAGUAACCUAACAUCUCAAAACCAGUAUAGCAUUUGGCAUUUCACCUUGCACUCACUUGUGGCACUCUUUAGCGAUUUAUUUUGUUUUUACGGUGUUUUUGUAGAAGGGUACCAUGCUUCUCGACCUAAAACACAUGGCACAUUUUUGGGAGGCUGACCACAUACUUAUUAAGGAACAUAAGCAUACACAUUGUGGGAGGAAAGUUGAUGCACGGUGUCAGAAUUAAUUUUUUCAGGAAAAAAAAGUUUGGAUGACUUUCAUCAUUUUCCAGUCAAAAACAAAGAAGGUCAUCAACUAGAGUGUUUAUGCCACUAUUGUGGCAUUAAAAAAACUUGACAAUGAUGCACAUGGCAUAUUUAUACCAUAAUUUGAUUUUUUUGAGCACCUCACUACUACUGUAAAGUGGUGAGAAACUAGACAAUGUACUAUAACUUAGCUAGAAACUGGCGUUAGUUAUAGCCUCUAGCUGGGGUACAUUUCAGUUUCUGGUGCACAGAGUGCCAGAGAUGCUCCUUUUUUUUAUUAAGAGGCAUCUGCCUAUUAAUUAAUUAGGAGCAUCUCACUCCGGCGCACAGGGAUCAAGACUGGUGUGUGGGAACGCCACUUUUGAUAAAUGUCCCCUGUGCAGUUUCUCAUCCAUAUUGUAUUAUGGUCCUUCAUUACAAGUUGUUAGGCAAUAAUUGCACAGUUGUCCGAGGACACUCUGCAAGGUUAGGUUCACAUAGUUUAUUUGGGAGAAAAUUUUGAGACCUAUUUUCCUACAGAUUUUUUAGCCAAAGCCAGAAGUGGAUUCAAAAGCAAUUGGAAAUAUAAAUAAAGGACUGUAUUUCUCCUUCUUGCUGGAUCUACUUCUGGCUUGGGCUGAAAAAUCUGCAGGAAAAUCUGCUUCAAAAUCUCCUCCAAAAAAACUCCAUGUGAACCUACUAUAAGAUUACAUUUCCUUUACUGAUGACGGGCAGCUUUGUAGUUGGGACCAAGGUUUUCUCCUUCGAGCAAAGUCUAAAUUUCUAGCCAAUUAGCAUUGUGUAUUCACCAUGUACAGGUACGUUCAGUUUUCUGUAUUUCAUCCUGCUACUUCAGUAUUCAUUCUCUCGCCUGUGUCAAACCAGAUUUGUGAUAGUUUAUUAUAUUUUUGUUUUGCUCUGAGUAAUUCUGCCAUUGUACUAAAAUGUGCUGUAAUAUUGUUUGCGCUCAGUGUUCAUGGGUGUUGCUCAUCUCUCAUCAGUAGUACUUUUUUCAUUGAUGUCUGCGUUAUUGAAAACUGUUUUUCAUUACAUUUGAUAACAAGGCAGCUAGAUUAAUACGAUGAGAUAUUACCCAAUAAAUCCUCAUUUACCAAUGUCCAUAAAUAUAGUAAUAUACAAGGUUUACAACUGAAUAUUACCAAGGUUCGCUCUGCUGAUCAGUUACUGGACUAAUUACAUGUAAAAUUAUCUUUGCAAGAGAUUAAUAUCUGAAUUCUAGUAGCUGUACUGAAUUUUAAUACUUUACUGAACAAAAACUAAGUCUUGACUCCUAACACCAAAGCAGACUACAUGAUGUUAGUUAAGGAAGCCUCAUAUGAAUAUUCUCUCCAGAGGAGCAGAUCCUCUGGUUAAAUGGCAUCUGUCGGCAUGAUCAGGCCUACUGCUACUUUUGGUAGGGUUGAUCAGCUGAUUGAAAUGAUACCUUUCUUUUGUCCGUAUGUUGAACAGCUGCAGAGAUAAGUGCUUUUGUAUUCAUAUGCAAAUGAGCAUGCUUGAGAACCAGGGGGCUGUCCAGAGUCCUUGGAGCACCCCUCUGCAGCAAAGGGGAAUUACAAAAGCAGUCCUCCAAGGGCCUCUGACAGCCCCCUGGCACUCAAACUUGCUCAUUUGUAUAUAAAUAGGAAAACGCAGAUCUCUGCAGCUGUUCAACAUACAGACAAAAGAAAGGUAUCUUUUAAACCGCAUGAUCAAGCCUGGUUUGGUAGGGUUAAUCUUGCUAAUAGAUGCUCUUUAAGUAAGAGCAAAUCCUGAUAGCUGAUUAACAAGUGUUCAUUUGAAGUAUGAUUUCAGAUAUUUAACAUUUGAUUUUAUAUUGAUAUAAAAAUGACUCAAAAGAAUACAUUGUAUAUGAAUAAACUUCUAAUUCAGUUA